AUAAAUAUAUAUAAAAAUGCCAUUUUCGUUAAACCCACUAAGAAAGACACAAUCUACAGGAGAUAUUCAUAUUAUUGUCAAUGACCCAAAGAUACCUGAGGGCAUCCUUGUCAAAAAGGGUCAACCCAUACCAAGCACCAGCAAACCAGAUCCACCUCAACAUAAUCAUGAGAUUCUUCAAGGUAGACUGAAUGACAUUACAGCGAAUGAUAUGGAGCUACUCCUAACUCUUGAAACGCAAGCUCGCAUGGAUGCCUUGGAAGAGGAACCGAAGAGACAGAGAACACUAAGGUUUGAGAUCCCCCCGCAUCCGCGCUCUACUGAACUAGUCAAUAAGAGACGUUGGUCAGCACCUGAUGACUGGAUAUCUGCUCUUUCGGCAACAGCUUUAAAGAAUCAUUUGUCAAAAUGGAUGCACUUUCAACGUCGUUCGUCAUCUGAGGAUCAUGAAGAUGAGAGUUGUGCUAUUCAAGUUGGAUCUAGAGUUAAGUUGUAUAAACGUCCGAUGCCCAUCAUUGGUGUCGUAAAGUAUAUAGGUCCUGUUUGCUUUGAUCAAGGUGAAUGGUUGGGCAUUGAACUGGAUUCGAGAGGUAUAAGAAAAAAAAAAAUUCAUGCAAUUUAUUAAUUUUUUCUACACUCAGUUGGAAACACGGACGGAUCGAUUCAAGGUAACCAUUAUUUUCAGACCAGUCCUAAUCGUGGUUUAUUUGUUAAAAUGGAAGAUGCCGUACUUGUUUAAUAAACAUAUUAUCCUUUAUGACUACUGAU